ACCGCCGCCGUCUCCACUUCCCGGUGAGGAACUCCAUCGCUGUUUCUCUAUCUUUUUCUUCAAAUCCUACUCUAAAUCUUCUUACUGGUGCCAGAAAUUUCCCCACUCUCGAACUAUUAGGGUUCGGAUCUGUUAGCGGAUAGGCAAAAUAUUGGGGUUAAUCUGAAUCCCUUUGUAGAUAGAAACCUGAUCACCAGUGGAUUGUUAAUUGAUUAUGAUUCUUUGAAGGUAAUGACACCAUUUGCAGUGAUAUCAUCAUAUGAUUCUGAUAUUGAACAAAAAGGAUGAGCCCCAACCCCGAGGGCCCGUGAGACCCGGCCCGGAUGGUUAGUGAGAAGAUGUAAAUUGGGUAGCAAAGAAUGGAGCCUGCACCUGGUACUCAGCGCAGUUGUUAGGAAUCGAACCUGGGUCUUACCCCUUGGCACUCCAGAUAUUGAAGAUGUUAAACCAGAUGUUGAUAUUGGCACCAAAUUUUUGGCUGUUAAUGAAUUCUCAGAAGAUGAAUUGAUAAGAAGAUAGAAAAUGUACCAUGAUGAAGAUAUUCCAUUGGACGACACCAUAAUCCAUCCCAGCAAUGCCGAAGCCAAGAUCUGGGCCAUUCAAGACAUUCAUAAGCGCACCGCUUCUCAUCUCCACUUGGCUAAGCUCUGGCGAAGUGAUUUGAGGCAUCACGCCUUUGUUGAUCCUAAACUUCAAACCUUGUCCAACACAAAAGCAAAGCCAAGAGGGGAAAUAGUGAAAGAGGAAAUAAGACCUCUACAACUCACCCCUUCAAGAAGGAAAUAGGGCAUUGCCCGGAUCCAAGAAAAAGACAAAAAAUGUCAAGGAUCUUCAGUCAAACAGGCACCUCGAGUAGCUUUCUCUAUUCUUCUUCGACGUCAGCAGCUACAAGCGCACGUCAACCUUCUCUCUUCUUCAUCGAUGUCAGCAGCUACUAGCGCACGUCAAUUU